AUGCUUUGCCAUUUUCUUUGCAGCACAAUAUCAAGUGAUCUAAGUGGCGCUCCUUUUGGCAAUGUAGUUUCAUAUAGUGAUGGGGUACCAGGUGAGAGCCAUGGAAUUCCCUACUUUUAUCUGACUACUCUGGAUCCCACUGCAAGAGAUGCGUUGGAGGAUGAAAGGACGUCCUUUACCCUUAGUGAGUUCCCUCUUGGCACUUGUGGGAAGGUUGAUCCUGAAAACCCAACAUGUGCAAAACUUACUCUUACCGGAAAGUUGAAGGUGGUUGACCAUAAGUCACCUGAAGCGGAUUUGGCCAAAACCGCGCUUUUCAGCAAGCACCCUGAAAUGGAGGGUUGGCCAAAGAACCAUCACUUCGAGAUCUUUAAACUGGAAAUCGAAAACAUAUUCUUGAUCGACUGGUUUGGGGGUCCUAAACCUAUAUCCCCUUCACAGUAUCUUGAUUAUGGAAGGGACCAGGGCUCGGUGAUGUCCUUGUGA